AUGCUUGAAUCACACCUGAGCCACACAGUGAAGGAGCUUUCUUUUACCACCUUCCUCAUGCAGCUGCUGAUGCCCCAGGGCACGGGCAACCUCAGAAAUGAAACACCACUGACAACAUCACCUACGAGGGUGGGGAAGCAGCAUUUGCGAGCAUCUGACACCAGCACGGGCACCCAAGGCGGCCCAGAUCGCGGCAAUGAAGCGCAACGCUCAUUAAAGCUCCGACGGCCACCCGGGCGCUGCAGCAGCCGCCUCUCGCCAAAACCUCACCCGGGGCUCCCGACAGCCACGGGGAACGCUCCGAGAUCCCACUUCGGCCGUCAGUGCUCGCCCAGCCGCCCCUCGGCGGGCGGUUUAACGCAGCAGCUCCGGGAGCACCGCGGACACGGCGUGCUUGCCCCGCUUCACCCGGCUCCGGGGAGAUGCGCUCGGGAAGCACCGGAGCCCCCCCGAACCCCGCCGGCCCCACGGCAGCGGCCUCUCCCCGCCGUGGGGCCGCGCCCCGACCACCCCCCCCCCCCACACCCGGCCGGGCCGCAGCCCCGGGCCCGCCGCGGCCUGGGCCCGCCGCCCCUCGCCGGGAGGGCCCGGCCCCGCUGCGGCCCGCGGCGCUCCCCGGGCGGGACUCACCGAGACGGCGGCGGGCAGGACAGGGCAGGGCCGUGCCGGGCCGGGGCUGCGGGGACGGAGCGGGAGCGGCCGGUGCUGCGCGGCGCGGGCGGCAGGAAGGGGAGGAGGCGGCCCCGCACGUCCGCCGCGCCUGCGGCCGCCCCCCCGCGCGUUAAAGGCACCGGCACCGCCCCGGCCGGGAGCCCCCGGCCCUGCCCGGCACGGACCGCGGCCGCGGGGGAGCCCCGGGAGCGGGGAGCGCCCGCCCGGCUUCGCCACGUGUGUGGGUGCAUCACCCGCAGCCCGCCCGUGCGCUGGGGGAUCGCCCCCCGAGCUCCCCACGUGGGGAUCCCUCACCUCGUCCUGAGGUUCGCCCCACCCAAAAUCCCCCCACGCGGGGAUCCCCGGGAUUCACCCACCCAGACUCGCUCCCCAAGGAUCCCUCACCGAGACUCCCCCCACGCGGGGAUCCCCCAACCAGAUUCUCCCCACGCAGGGAUCACCCACCCAGACUCCCUCACAAGGGGAUCCCCAAGGAUCACCCAGCCAGGCUCCCCCCACACGCGGAUCCCCAAAGAUCACCCACCCAGGCUCCCCGCACACGCGGGGAUCCCACCACCCCCAAGCUCCCCCAUGCUGCAAUCCCUCUCCUGUUCCUGA